UUUUUCCGCGGACGGGUCGCCCCCGCUCACCCCGAAGCCACGCAGAGACCCCUGCGAGGUGGGCGAGGAGCGGCCUCCAGGCCGAGGGAAGGCUGCAGGCUCCUGUGCAGACAGUGCCUUCGCUCAACAUAAACAGCAUGUGAGCUAGCUGGGGAUAGAUAAGCAACAACUCCACUUAACGCCUCUGGCUGAGUGACUUGCCAAAGAGCCCAUUGCUGUCAUGCAUGGUUAUCUGUGGUUGGCUGAGUUGUGAUAUCAUUAGCCGUGUGUGCCAGUUUGUUGACCUUGUCUCAGAGCAGAGGAGGCUGCUGAAGGCUCAGCUUUCUAACACUUUUAUCAGACCUGUUGCUGCUGAGGAAGAAAUUUUGGUGGCUUUUUUCUUCUGAAGAAUGUAACAAACAUAACAGGAAACUAGAAAGUCAUUGGUUAGCACACUGGGAGAUCUUAUUGAUGUAGAGUCAAUCAUAUGAAAGUGGGAACAACUACAAAGGGUGAAAUACUAUGAAGCUAGUGCACAAUCCGGAGCUGCAGUUUUGACCUUUGACUUACUUGUUCCUGUUUGGUCAGAGAUGGAAGCAGAUUCAACUGUCCCAAUUUGGCAGAACAAACCUUAUGGCUCGGCACGCAGCUUUGUGAGAAAGAUUGGGACAAACCUUCCUUUGAAACCGUGUCCUAGAGCAUGCUUCCAGGAAUUACCUAAUGUUUCAGAUCUUUAUUUAAAUGACACACCCCCUGUCCCCACUCUGGCAGAUGUAGCAUGGAUAGCUUCAGAUGACGAAGAAACAUAUGCUAGAGUCAGGACAGACACUCGUCCACUAAAGCACAAAUGGAAGCCCACGCCACUUUUUGUUAUUCAGCGGAAUGCCUCUGUCCCAAAUUUGAGAAAGCAAGAAGAAAAGCUGCUGGCUUUGAAGAAACCAGGUUUACCCGCUUUGAGUCGGACAACAGAACUCCAAGAUGAACUGAGCCGUCUGCGUAGUCAGAUUGCUAAGAUUGUAUCAGCAGAGUCAGCUUCCACUUCAUUAACACCUGAUUUAUUAUCACCAGGAAGUUCAAAUGUCUCUUCUCCCUUACCUUGUUUUGGAUCCUCAUUCCAGUCUACAACUUCCUUUGUCAUUAGUGACAUUACAGAGGAGGAGGCAGAAUUAGAAAGCCCAGAGCUUCCAUCCGUUUCCAUGCUUUGUUCUGCAACCUCUGAAUGUUGUAAAGCAGACCCAAAGGAUUCCGACGACGAAGAUUCGGUGUCCCUGUCCAAGGCCAGCAGUUUUGCCGAUAUGAUGGGCAUUCUUAAAGACAUUCAUAGGAUGAAACAGAACAAAGACUUGAACAGAACUUUACUGAAAGAGGAGGAUCCUGCAGUUCUUAUAGCAGAGGUUUUAAGAAGAAAGUUUGCCUUGAAGGAUGAAGAUGUAAACAUGAAGAACUAAAAUUAUGCUCAUGGUUACCCUGUAAAGCAAAUUAUCGUACUCCUAAGAUCUUUCUCCACAGUGGCUGCCUUUCUUGAACAUCAAAAGUCCUUUAGGGAUUAAGUUUCUACUCUGUAUGUGCGCGUGUUGGAGGGGGGAAUAAUUCCUACCCGAGCAGAACUGUGAAUUUGCUGUUUUCCACACAGCCGAGAGAGACUUUAAAAAGGUAAAUGGUUUUCCACAUUUUGAACUGAAGCAUUGUUAGCAAAGUAGCGAGAUGAAUUAAAAAGGAUCUAUUCAUAUUUUGCUGCAA